AAAACUCCAAUCCCCGUUGGAGGAUUUACUCCAUAGGCCCAUAACAAGCCUAAACAACCUUCCCAUCUGCAAGAUUUCAUUAACAACAUGAUAGUAAACAUAAAAUUUGACGACAUAUAGAAAGGAAAAAAAAUAAUUUAAAGUUUUUUAAUAAUUAUCGCCUUAAAUGAAGAAGCGUAUAAACAAGAAAAUUAAAAUACCUUUAGAUCUAAUCAGAAGAAGUUACCGGGAGUUAUAAAGUAAACUGGAUUUUUUUGGCUUCUUUGAUUCCAGAUUUCUCUAGCUGGAAGUGUCUUUAUAUAGCGAGAAACCGAUAUGUAGGUGUAGUUACUUACACAAAAACCAGCUCAGACGCAAGUUGGAUCUGCACCGGCUACCUAGUAGUAGACCUCAUCAUUCCACUGUAGCUUCUGGAAAAUAUCUCUGACACUUUGAAUAUUUUAUUAAAUAAUAUGACAUAAUCGAUUUCAUUAAACCGGUCUUUGUUUUACAAACUCGGUUAAGACAUACUAUAUUUGCGGUUCAAAUUGAUUUCUUUUCUCUGAGUAUACCGUUUACUUAUUACUCCAUUUCAUUCUUACGCUGUUCUUUUUUCCUCCUCUAAUUUAUAUACUCUUUAGGUACAAUUUUGGACUCGUUGAAGACCCGUUAAAAAUGGAUUCCAUAUGCAAUUAACGUAACAUAACAUUUGUAAUCACUAUAAAGUUUGGAGUUCGUUUUUGCGCUCUGAUUCAAUCUUCUCAUAUUCUGUUAUGCAACACUCUAUGUUUGUGACCAAUGGUAUACACUUUUAUCGUAAAUUGGCAUUCAUAUACGACGACAUGCAUAUGUAUGUCAAUUAGCGGAGAAAUACGGGCGUUUUCCUGUAAUAUGGCCCCGGUUAGAUUGCAUCUUCGUCAUCCCUCAGUAACACCAAUGGGUGUAUUUCAUAAUUCAAUUCACAGUGACAUUCAAUUUAAAAGGAAGCAUGAUGAUCGGCUCUCCCCUCAAUAUAUAUAUCUUUAUUAUGGUCUGCAUGGCCUUCACUUCUGAUCUUAUUGUAGAUAAGACCAACAUAUGAACUUCCGCUACAAAACCGUUAUCACGUCAGGUUUCAAAAUAACUGGAAUAAUUGAAUCGGCUUAAUUGUUUUGUAUGUUUUAACGACACAACGUUCGGUUUAUAUAUUGAGACGAAAUGUCUAUUUUACAAAAAUCAAGGACAGAUAUUCUAAUUCUCGUUUCUUUAAGGUUACAUUUAUAAAUAGAUAUGAAUAAUAUGAUUACAGUUGUCGGAUUGCAUGUCAACUCCGCGGAAAAAGAUAACUCCAAAAAUGCAAUAAACGUGUGAAGACUGUGAUACAAAAUGUCGUUUUCAUUUUAUAUCUCUGACAAGUGAAUCUAAAGUGGAUAUGCCUAGCCUACCACUGCACCCUAUAGACACUACAAACGAAGCUAUCCGGGUGACUACGGUCAUUUCAUUUGUCUUUCGCUUUCCAUCUAUGCAAACAAUUUUUAACAUGCAUACUAUACUAAAUAACUUCUGAUUCUUGUAUUUCUAGCCAAUUUGGCCUUUAUAUAAUGUAUACAUAUAAUAUAAACUAAUAUAUAAAUAUAUUAUUUUAUGUAUAUUUUCAUAUAAAUAAUACUACAAUAUAAAUUCAAUAUGAUAAAAAGAGUAUGAAAAAUAUAGCAUCAGAUUUUAAAUAGUACUAGAUUCUGACCUGCGUAAAACACGGGUAACUUUUUUUUGUUUGAUUUAUAAAACCGGUAAAUUAAAUUAUUAUGAAUGUUAAACUACUAAAUUAAAUGUUUUGUUGCUUAGACUUGUGUAACUAAUGUAGUGAAUAGUCAUAUCCGGUUUUAUUAAUGACUAAUUUUUGGGUUCACCUCCUAUGGUAAACCUGUAGGUUCACCAAACAAUAUGAUUUAGCUAUGUCAUAUUCAAUAUCUUUUUAAAAAAGGAAAAAAAUACAAAAUAUUGUUAAACUAUAUUAUUUAAAAAAAAUAAAAAUGUUAACAUAAAAGAAAAUAGUAGUUGUUACAAAAAAAAAUCUUUUUAAAUAUUUUUAAAAUUAUCAAUAAAACACUAAACCCUAAAUCCUAAAUCCUUGGGUGAACCCUAAACUAAUGGGUAAACCCUAACCUCUUGGGUAAACUCUAAACACAGCCUUUCAUCACUAAUUAUUUUUUUAGUAAUUGAAAACACACAACUUUUAAUAAGAAAGAGAUACAAUCUUUAAUAGAAAAACACCUUAAUGAUUAAAUACAACUUUUAACAAAAAAUUAGGGGAAACGUGUCAAUUUCGACCCUAACAGUUUUGGUCGUGCCAAUUACGACCCGUACAAUUUAUCGGUGCCAAAUACGAUCUCAACUCAAUUAUAAUUCAAAAAAACUACCUGAACUUCUUAAAACGUGAUUAAAUCUAUAUUGAGUGUAACAGAAGUUAGUAAACCGUUAACAAUAUAAAAUCAACCAUUAACAAGAUAAAACGACAUCGUUUUGAUAUACAAAGAAAAAUGUCAAUUUCGACCCCAACAAUUUCAGUCGUGCCAAAUAGAACCCGAACCAAUGGUCAAUACCAAAAACUAUCCCAACUUAAUUAUAAUUUUAAGAAAAUUUAUCCAAACUUAUUAAAACGUGCAUAAAUCUACUUUGACUGGGCUUGUACUUUUUUAAUAUAUAAAAGAGUAAUAUAAAAAUUGAGUAAGGCAGCAAAAAAAAAAAAUUAUGGAAAAAAUUCUUAGCCGUUAAAAGAAUUAGGUAAACAAUGGAUUCAUGGUCCAUUCAUUUUUCUUAUAACCAAAAUAAAUUUGACAGGAAAAAUCAGAAAGGCAAAAGUAGUUAUGGAAAGACUUAAUGGUAAAGAAACUUGAGGAACAAGGCUAUUCAUAUUUAUUUAAGGUGGUGAGAGUCGUUGUUACCACCAACUUAAUGUUUCAAUUAGGAUUUUAGCAUCACACCACUAUGAGUUCUCUGCUUCUCAGCCGUCUCUCGAGGCUCCGUCUGAGGAAACCACCUGCGCUAGGAGUUAGACACCUGGGUGGCGCUCGGUUAUUGUCCGAAACCCCUCUAUGUCACAUCUACGGCGUUGAACAUUGUGGAGAGGAUCAGGUUAAAGGGAAUAUCGGUAGACUCAUGAUCACAGAUUUUUCUGGGCCUAGUUGUUGGACCAGGGUUUUGGAAAAGACGGUGCCCAUGGAGAUGAUGACAGAAACGGGAACGAUGGGAGCAUCUCAUGGCUGGGUAUUGACUUGGAGAGACGGCUGCCCGUAUCUUGCAGAUGAUCUCAACCCGGGAGCGUCUUCAGCUUUCAGUGGAAUCACACUGCCUCAUUUCGAAACUCUUGCUCAUUGCCAAACAAAACUGGUAACCAACGUGGCCAUGUCAUCCUCCUCUCCUCGUGACGACUGCAUUUUGGCCGUCAAGUUCGCUGGACCUCAGCUCAGCCUAUGCAGGCCGGCUGGGAAGAAUAACAAGUGGGUCAACAUCAAAAUCGAAAACCCCGGCUUCUCCUCCUCCCGAGUCAUCUAUUCAAAGAUGGAUAACAAGUUCGCCAUGGUGGCUUCUGGGGGCAGAAGCAUAGGAUACUGGAAUCCUGUUGAUGAAACGUUUAAGGUGGAGACGUGUAGCGUUGUCCUUCCUGAGUUGUUGGAGUCAGAAUGGGAAGAAUUAGACUCGUGUUGCAAGACCCAAGAGUUGGUGGAGUCGAGAUCGACGAAAGAAAUGUUUAUGAUUAAGCGGUUCAGAAAGAGAAAUAACGAGGAGGGUGGUGGUGGGAGGAUGGAAGAGCAUAAAAUGUGGGUGUUCGAGCUACAAUCUUCACAUUGGCGUUACACUCAAGACAUUGGUGAUCUCUGCAUUUUCCUCUCAAAGUCUGAGCCUUUCUGUCUCAAGGCUAGCUCCCACCAGAAAUGCAAAAACUCCAUCUAUUUCUUAGACAAAACCGAACGUGGAAUAUUCACUAUCGCUGAUAAGUGUAAGACUAGUAACUUCUCCAAUUUCGCUGCCCCUUACUUCAUUCCACCUCAAUCUUACCUCAACGCUAGUCGUAGCAAUCCAUCUUGUACGUUUUUAUUUUAAUGUAUUAUCUUUUUUUUUUUGCUUUGCCCGAAUGUUCUUCAAAAGUAAACUGCAUUACAUAUCUAAUGUAGGAGGUUGAGUUUGUUUGUUCUC